AUGUGUUUGGCUAAGGAAAAAAAACAAUCCCCGCAGAAGGAGGUCACGUCACCCCGCUCACCCUGGGCAAAGCUCUUAAAUCGUCAGAGUUCGAAGCCCCGACUUCCUCGUAAAGUGACGACCUCAGCGCGGGUUAAUCUUAACAAGUGCUGGUCUAAGUUAGGAGAAUUUAUCUCUAACUCGGGCCCACGCAACGACCUACCAUCACAAAAGACUGCAUACCCCGAGGAACCUAUUCUCGUUCCUUUCUCGGACUUCUUCUACCCCGUGGAUACGGUGAAACCGGUGCCCAUCGAGGAAAAUGACAACGCUGAGAACCAGAACAUCGUUAACAACCGUUUCGAGCUUAUCAACGAUGAUCUGGAGGUCAGCGAGAACAUGGCCAACGAAGUGAGGGAAAUCUGCUAUUCAGCCUCUGAGAACUGUCUCGUAUGUAAUCUUUGUAACUAG